CUGACAAGAGUAUGCAUGGGCUGAACAUAAGGCAGCACAGCGCUUCAAAGCAGGAGUUGAAGGAGCAGCCACAGACUAUACUUCCCGCUGCAGUUGAGCAACGCCGUCUUCAUGUAAAAACCGCAACCGUGGUCUGUAGAAUAAAAGCAAACGCGAGUUAAAUGUGGGCUUCCUUGAGAGGUCCUUUGUACCAAAGAAGGAGGAAUCUCAUUGGUGAUCUGCAUGGUCAAGGCCAAGAGGAGCAAUGGAAGCCCGGCCGGGACUGGCCUGGGUCUUGCUGCUGAGUUUCAUUGCUGACUGCCUGAAGCUGAUCCAGCCUCGGGACUUCACAGUAAAAGAUAUCAUCUACCUCCAUCCUUCAACAACACCUUAUCCUGGUGGGUUCAAAUGUUUUACAUGUGAAAAUGCAGCAGAUAAUUAUGAGUGCAAUCGCUGGGCUCCAGAUGUCUACUGCCCGAGAGAAACACAGUACUGCUACACAAGGCAUAAAAUGAAUGCAAAGGGCGACAGUUCAUCAGUUACAAAGCGAUGUGUAUCGUUGAAGGAUUGUUUAUCCUUAGGAUGCACGCAGCCUGAUCAUGAAGGAUACAAGAUCUGCACUUCGUGCUGUGAAGGGACAAUCUGUAACCUCCCAUUACCAAGAAACACCUCCCAGGCAGUAUUUGCAACAUUAUCUCCUAUAAAUCAAACAACUCGACAAUCACUUCACUCUGCAGUGACUUUAACAUGCAUUAGUCUUCUCUUGUUGCUUGUUGAAUAGCUGGUGCUAUUUGAUGCUUCCGUGUACAGCGUUAUCUAACAUAGUAUUUAUUUUUGUAUGAUCCAUUUAUACAGUGAAAUGUCUUAUAUGCUGUAAAAAAAAAUAAUGGUUAAAGAAAUGGCCAAACUGAUUCCUGUUGUAAAAGUGCAUGUGACUUGAGAAAACAAAAUCUUGGCGUGCAUGAUGAUGAAAACUGAAUUCAAUAAUCAAUAUUUAUAAUCUG